AUCCGACCUUAUUUAAUGAACGAACAACUGUGGUCCGAUCGGUUCAACCGUUUAAAGGAAAACGGCCACAACAAAAUUCGCAUUGUAGUACUACGUGUGUUUUCGUAUGGACUAGAUUUCCUCUGCACAACUGGACAGUUUUUGUCAUGUAACCAGAUAAUGAGCAUAUCAAGGGAGCUGAAGGUUGAAAAGUGGGAUGAGGAAGUAGAUGGUAGACUAUGUGAGCAAUCUAUGGAGAGGAAACUAAAGCUGAAGGGUUACAGUUUUACACGCUAUGAAUUCCCACCAGGAAUGGUAUUUCCUGACCACUCCCACAACUGGACUAAGAAAGACUCUAUAGUGACUGGGAGAUUUCAAUUCUGUAUGUAUGGCCAGACGGUUACUUUGGAGCCUGGAGACAUGAUUGAUGUCCCAAAGAAGGAAGUCCAUAAUGCUGCUGUCAAAGGCUCCACGCCAGUAGUGUUUUAUGAUGCGACAAGGACCUAACUGAUGUGUUGUUUCUAAGGAACUAGUAUUGUUAAAUUGAUUAUAAUAUAUUAAUCACAAUAAAUUGUUGAUGUGA